CUUAAACGACCCGUAAACACACGAGUGUUAAAAAUCAUCCCAAAUAGAAAGAGAGAGAAAUGCUGGGCAGAGCAGUCACAGCCUCUCUUUCAAUUUCUGCCAUUUCUCCAAAUCCAUUAUCGAAGUCCUUCUUCUUCGGCAGAGUUACCAAUGCCCAACUCUCCUCUUCUUCUACGAACCCUUUUCUCACUUCCUCAACCUUUUCAUGGAACAUCAGGAGAAGCUCUAGCAAGUCAUCCAGAAUGAAGAAGAGCUUCACUACUCGAGCCUCCGCCCAGCCCCUCACGAAUGCUGACGAGCUUAUUGACUCUGUCGAGACUUUUAUCUUCGACUGUGAUGGUGUUAUAUGGAAAGGAGAUAAAUUAAUAGAUGGAGUCCCAGAAACUCUUGAUCUACUGCGGUCAAAGGGAAAGAGAUUAGUUUUUGUUACCAACAACUCCACCAAGUCUAGGAAGCAAUAUGGGAAGAAGUUUGAGACACUUGGCCUCAGUGUCAGCGAGGAGGAAAUUUUUGCAUCAUCUUUUGCUGCUGCUGCUUAUUUGAAGUCUAUCAACUUCCCAAAAGAUAAGAAGGUUUACGUGAUUGGAGAAGAUGGAAUCUUAAAGGAGCUUGAGCUUGCUGGAAUUCAGUACCUUGGUGGACCAACAGAUGGUGAUAAAAAGAUCGAACUCAAGCCAGGAUUUCUGAUGGAACAUGACAAGGAUGUUGGGGCAGUUGUAGUAGGAUUUGAUCGUUAUUUCAACUACUACAAAAUUCAGUAUGGAACACUCUGCAUACGUGAAAAUCCAGGCUGUCUUUUCAUUGCAACAAAUCGUGAUGCAGUCACUCAUCUUACUGAUGCUCAGGAAUGGGCAGGUGGUGGUUCCAUGGUUGGUGCUCUUGGUGGAUCAACUCAACGUGAGCCACUUGUAGUGGGAAAACCCUCAACAUUUAUGAUGGACUACUUAGCAAACGAAUUUGGGAUCCAAAAAUCGCAGAUCUGCAUGGUUGGGGACAGACUAGAUACUGAUAUUCUGUUCGGACAAAAUGGCGGUUGCAAAACCCUUCUUGUCCUUUCUGGUGUCACAAGUUUGUCAAUGCUCCAGAGCCCCAACAACUCCAUACAACCAGAUUUUUACACCAACAAGAUCUCGGACUUCCUUUCUCUCAAAGCUACCACUGUAUGAUCAUUUUAGAACUUAUAAAAAUGCUGUUAUUGUUCCCCCACCUUUCAUUUUUCUUAUCUUUGUCAACUUAUAGCCACUGCAAUGUCCCUGUAUUUUCUUCUUCCCUUAUAAUUGAUUAAGGACUUAUGAUGACAUAUAAAAACACAUUAAUAAUAAUUGUACUUGCACCAUUCUUAUUUCAAAAGAUUCAAAUGAAAUGUACAAGUUACUUUCCUUC